AUUCUCUCGUUCUGAUUGGCGGAGGCCGCCGAACCAUCUUUCCAUUGGGUGUCAUUCGCUGCCAGUCGGAGGUGGGAUAUUUUCUGUCGCUGUCGGGCUCGGGAUGCAGCGCCUCCUCCAUAGUGCCUGCAGUAGAGCCCACCCCGCCGCCACCGAGCGCUCCAGCCCACGGCAGCCGCUGGCGGAAAUCAGUAAAGGGGGUGGCUGGAAACGGGCGGAACUUGCCGUGGCCGCUUUGGGACAAUCGGUUUUUAUCGUCUGAAAUCGGCCGGAGAGGGCGAAAGCAGGGCCGGAAGGUUCCGAGCCGCUUCGGUGGGGAUAUUUCUGCGAUUUACGGACUGUAGCGCUCUGAGCAGCGCGGCCAAUUUAUGUCGGAAUCGGAGGUAUUUCAUCUUUUCGGUGACUCAGUCUGGUGAUCCUGUUGCCUUGGAACCCGAACGUUUGCAUCGCUUCCAGGCUUCCCUGCACUGAAGGAGGACGAGCAAAUAUGCUUUAAUUUCCAUGUUUCUUAAAGCCGGUACUUUUUCAUAUUCCACAAUGGAGAAUGGGGCUCAGAGAUAUCAUCAUUAAGACUCCCUUGCUGGGCUAGUGAGGCCGCCGGUGAGCUAAAGUGGCCACUUCUACUGUAUACGAGAAUGAUGGAGGGUAGUGAUGUGCGGGUCCAGGGAAACUAGACCGGCACUCGACCCUAACCCGCCAGACCUGUGACGCCCCCUGACUUCCCCCAUCCAUUUAUAGACCUGCACCGACCCGUGCCCGGCUAUGAUGUCCGGCUAUGAUGUUACAAAGUGGACUGGGCAGGUCAGUUGAUCAAUGGAUAAAGUGGAAAAGAUGUGGAACACUUUCAAGUACCGAUGCCAGAAUCUGUUCAGCCACGACGACGAUGCAAAUCAAAAUGACGUUGUCGAUGUCAAUGCAAACCGAUGUUUACGAGGGAUCGAUAAAAUUGAAAAUGCUUCUGGCCAGUCUGCCAUGCUCUCUAUUGGACCAUUGCAACAGAACAUUACCUCUGGGCUAAACCUGAGUCCCAGUGGUGGCUCAAGUAGGAGAAAUCAGAACUGUGUUAGUGAAAUGCCCCAACUUGUUGAGAUUAGUGUAGAGAAAGAUGCUGAUUUGGGGCUGAGUGCAGGGACCCGGCUAGCUCGCAGGGACUCCUACACCCGUCAUGCACCCUGGAGUGGAAAGAAAAAACAUUCUUGCUCCACUAAAACUCAAAAUUCUUUUGAUACUGACAAAAAAAUCUGCAGAACGAGAAGUGGCCUACAAAGGAGAGAAAGAAGGCACGGAGCGAGCUCUGUCCAUGACAUGGAGACUAUCGGCAGCAGAGCUGUAGGAAGUCGCAGCUUAAGGCAGAGACUCAAUGAGACUGUGGGCUUUUGUUUCCCAAUCAGAACCUAUAACAGACCAUCAAAACCCCUCUUUACUAACAAGAGAAAAAUUCAACUGUCUGAGCUCAUGCUUGAGAAAUGUCCUUUCCCCCCUGGAUCGGACCUGGCACAAAAAUGGCAUCUAAUAAAACAACAUACAGCCCCUGUGAGCCCACAUUCGAGUUUUUUGGAAACGUUUGACCAGUCGUUGAUUUCUACAGAGGAUGAAGAAGAACGGUUGCGUGAAAGGCGCCGGCUAAGUAUCGAAGAAGGUGUAGAUCCACCUCCCAAUGCCCAAAUCCACACCUUUGAGGCGACCGCACAAGUGAACCCAGUUUAUAAGCUUGGACCAAAAUUAGCACCUGGCAUGGCUGACCUGUCUGGGGAUGUGAAUGCAGUGUGUCAAGGUGGUUGCGAGUCUGAAGAAGAUACCACCACUCUCUGCCUGCAGUCCCGAAGGCAGAAGCAACGGCAGUUUUCUGGAGACAGCCAUACCCAAAUUAACAAACAAGGGGCCUGGAAAGUCCACACGCAGAUUGACUACAUUCACUGCCUUGUGCCGGACUUGAUUGAGAUUAUAAGCAACCCGUGUUAUUGGGGUGUCAUGGAUCGCUACGAGGCAGAGGCGCUUCUGGAAGGCAGGCCGGAAGGCACAUUUUUGCUCAGGGACUCCGCACAAGAGGAUUAUCUGUUCUCUGUGAGCUUCCGCCGCUACAACCGAUCUUUGCAUGCUCGCAUUGAGCAGUGGAACCAUAACUUUAGUUUCGACGCUCACGACCCGUGUGUGUUUCACUCCUCCACCGUGACAGGGCUUUUAGAACAUUAUAAAGAUCCUAGUUCUUGCAUGUUUUUCGAACCUUUGCUUACUGUCCCCUUAAACAGAACUUUCCCGUUCAGUCUGCAGUAUAUCUGCCGGGCGGUUAUCUGCAGGUCCACCACCUACGAUGGAAUUGAUUUACUCCGACUACCAUCAAUGCUACAAGACUUCCUUAAGGAGUACCAUUAUAAACAGAAAGUCCGUGUGCGGUGGCUAGAAAGGGAACCCGUUAAAGCCAAAUAAAGUGGCGCAGCUUUUGUGUUUCUCCAGUCCCCCCUACCUUCUGAAAUAGCACCUCAUAGACUUAGGAUAUGCUUAACGUGUAUCAGUUUAUAAAGCACAUUUACCUGUAUUUAGUUAUGACAGUAUCUCACUUCAAGCUUUAAAUGUUUGAGUCAAUGAUAUUCUUCCCGUAAGGAGAUAGAAGUGCAUUCUUUGGAACUAUGAAGCAGAACACCGCACUGCAUGUUCAAUUGAAUGCCGACACUAAUAGAUUAUUGUACUAAUGCUUGCUUCUCCUUCCAGGCUGUAGCUGGGAGCGAGCUAUUUAGGAGGCUUUCUAAUCGAUAUCUAUCCACAAAUGUGCAGAAACUUAAAGAACCAUUUGAAUGAACCCACUUAAUUAAAAUCCCUCAUCCUCAUUAAAAUUAAUCUUGACUUCCCCAGAUUUCCUAUAGAUCAGUUGCUUAGCCCCCCCAACUUUUAUUUUCAUUUGAAUUGUAUGACGGAAUUAUCAGCAAUAUUGUGUUGAAUAUCAAGCAAAACAAGCUAUUAAACUGGUGCUUAAAAACUCUGUUCAGUAAAAGGAAAACAAAUAAGACUGAGUUAGGUGAUUGGGAUUAUCUUGGAUGAUCUUACUGGUAGAUUUCUGAGGCCCAUCUUGCCUUUAGAUCUGCAGUAAAAUAUAGUGUUGGCGCUGCCAUAAGAAUAUAAGGAUUUAUAUUUUAAGAGUUCUUCAUUGGCAACAAUUUCAUCAUUUCCCCAUCUUUCCAAUCCUUAUUAUGGGACUACACUCUCCAGAUUCCUUGUGCCUGCUCAUUGGGACUGGGGGUGCUGGAUUUUGCCUCCUACACCUUGCUUAUAGCCUAUUGUAAGGGGUGAAUUUUAACAAAUGAUUUAUUAGUGAAAAAUAAAAUGUGUAGAAAAUGUAAUUUUUUUGAAUCACAAAUUUGCACUUAGUGGUUGAGCCACCUAAAAAAAACAAAAAACACUAAGGUGCUAAUAUGAAUUAAUACUGUCAGUCUGGGGCGUAUUAUCUGAAGCACAGCCGUUGGCGUUUGCUUUCAGUGUAGAAAUGAGAAAAAUUGCGCAGGGGUGCAAGAGAAUAACAAGUGAAAGGGUACAACCAUUUUUUUUGCUCAAUUAUUGGUGCAUUUCAGGACUUUUCCAUGGGAAACUUAACUGCUUUUUGUCGCCCGUGCGUAAUUUACAGCUCUACAGACGGGCGACAAAUCACUUGGGAUUACCUAUCAUUCGUUCCUUUGUGAGUUUUGUGCAACUGCGGGUGCAGGCAGUUGCUUCGGUCCCCAAUUUCAUAUCGUUAUUCGAAGGCAGAGUAGUCGUGAUUGAGACUGCACGUUUUCCCUACUGCAAUAAAUGAAUUAUGAACUUAAA